GUUUCUCGAUGAAGGAGACGAACAGAUUGAAGUCGGAGGAGACAUCAGUACACAAAGACAUCAACCUAUCAGUUCUAGUACUUCUAUGUUGCCGCCUUGGCUUUGUUCUUCUCCUGCGCAAAAUAGAAAAUUUCAAAAAAUAGUAGACAAACUAGACUUUGAAAAGAGCCAAAACCAGACCUGGGAUUCCACGUUGGCCAGGUGGGUCAGUACUUGUACUAGGCUGCCUAACGAAGAAGAAUCUAAAUCUUCUGAUCUACAACAAGGACAACCUCAAUCACAACCACUACCACAACAACAAGUACAGGGCCUCAAACUAGUUAGUCUCCAUGGGGAGGAUCAUAGUCUAGAUCUGGAGGAGGUGGGGACAGACGAAGAGGACAACGCUUUGAGGAAAUACUUGAAGUCGAGGUCAAGGAGAAUCAAGCAGCUGGCGAUGGAUCUUUCAGAUGAUGACGAAGAAAGUCCGACUCCGAAACCGAAUCCUAGUUCUAGUUGUAGAGGUGCUGAAGAAGUAGAACAACAGCCAGGAGCUGGAUUCGUAGUUGCGUUGCUCCAGUCGAUAGAAAUAGACUCGACAACAAGAGAAAAAUCUAGUAGUAGUACGAAUACAAGAGAAAAAGCUAGUACAACACCUUCUUCAUCCCCCACCGUCGCUUUGAACUCCUACGCUGGUUUUUUGUCUGCGAAUAAUACUCACGACCUAGCGCGACAACAUCAGCGAGCUCCACUUCCUGUCGAGCCGCUAGUUCAGAGGGCGAAGAAGAAUGUCACACUGUUAUCGGAACGAGUAGCGGCGACGACAGCUGACGGUAAGAGAUUAGAUGCACGCUGCAAAACCUCGAAUGUCAAACGGGUGGACGAUGCCAGCGUGCAGCCAGACGCAUCUGUCAAGAACGAUGCUAUCCCUAUGGUUCUUUCAGGUCGCACAUUACAAACGGUAGACGAGAAAGAAGAUGUAGUAGAUGAUGUUCAAGUUCCAGCAUGUGGUCGCAACACUUUUCCAAGAAAAGCCCUUCAUUUGGUAGAGGGAGAAUCGUCGAGGCCAGCCUCUCCGCACGAUGGACAUGGUACACCUGCUGCACAUGGAAUUGCGUCUCUUUCUACGACUCUAACGCCGCCGCUGGGCAUCGCAUCUUCGCCUGGUUGCUCCCAAGAUGGGUUGUUGGUACUGUCUGCCUCGUCGUCUCCUGACAGUGACAGUGGUGGCCACGAGGAAGAGGAGUUGCGCAUGAACGAGGAGCAGAAGACCAAUAAAACUGCAAUCGGUCGUCUGGAUAAAAGAUAUUCCUCCUCAUCUGCGAGUCGGACAACCUCUGGAUGUUCAUCUACAAAAAUUCCUCCGCAUCUAUGUGGAACUACAACAAGUGUUCUUGACAGAGUAGAUUGUUCACCUUCUUCAUCUUCACACAAGGAGAUGAAGGUAGACGCUGAUGAACGUUUGUCUUCUUCAUCAACGCAAACUGAAGUCUUUUUAGGAGACGAUGUUGUUGCCGAUUAUGAUCACAGAAAAGAACGCAUUAUGAGUGGCGUGCAGGUGCAGAAAUACACAAAAGAAGCCGUUCGCGAAGUGUUUGAGGAGCUGGAAGUUAGAAAAAAAAUGAGCCUUUAUGGACUCGUUGCGGACAUUAUAGGUCCACAAGAGUUGUAUGAAGGAGUAGAUACAAGAACUACUACAGGGGAGACGGAUAGUACACAGCAGGAAGCCGAGCAAUGUGAGCAACACCGACAGACACCUCCACAUGCACCUCAAGAGCCAGAUCCGGUAGGAGAUGAAACUGAAACUUUAACUUUCAAUAUGAGCAGACGGCGUACGAAGAACCAGGACUUCUGGCGUAUGGUGAGAGAAGCGAAGAAGUCUGUGCUUCUCGACGAACAGAGAGUUAAGAGCAGAGCAGGAGGUUUUUAUUUACAAUUACUUGGAACUCCAACCCCAAGUAGAAUGGCUCCGGUAUUUGGUAUUAACCUGAAUUUGAUCAUAAGGGAAAACAAGAAGAGAACCCUUAUGAUCAAACUCAGGUUACCAAUCCAAAUACCAGAGCCAUACACAAGUGUGAAUGUAUUCCUGUUUUCGUUUUCCAUAGAGUAAUAAAGUCAUGGCAAUAUUAGACAAAAAAACGUACCUACUCGACUACUUACGCUUAGAAUCUACUAAUCGAAAACUCAAAAUAACCGAGUAGCCAACUGAAAUAACAGAGUACUACGCCCCUUUUCUUUCAGUAUCUCGCUUAUUCUAAGUAGUUACUCGCUUAUUUCAGUUUAUCGACCGCCUCUAAUACUAGAACUACCCCGACCGCCUCUAAUACUAGAACUCCUCAAGAUCAUUUUGAAAGGCAUCUUGGACCCUAUCGUUUCCGCUUGACGCGCUGGGGAAGACCGCCACAGCAGUGGAGAUGGACCAAAAGGGAGCUGCAUAUUAGUGCACCCAAAGUUUGGAGAGAAGAUGGGGAAGACGAAGAUCAACAUGCUAGCAGAACCACAAAACGAGAAUCAGGAGGACAAACAAAAGAAAAAGCUCUAGCCACAAAAUCUCCUCCAGCUCCAUUUCUUCUCUCAGUGUGGCAGUAUGCGAUGCUGUUGUUUGAGCACUUUGGCGAAAGAACUAUCGAUGAAUCCAGAUUUUUUGAAGUCCGGUCAGUGCAAGUGUUUUUAUGCAGUUUCUCUCUGUCCUGUAUGUGAUGUAUCUUAAUCGAAUGAAAAACAAGUGAGUAGAACUCAGUCUCUCUUGUUCCUCUUAAAUUACUUCUGCUCACUUUCCCUGUACAUGUACAUCAACUAGUUCUUGUGGUUGUCCUAUUGGUAUUCUAAUAUCUGGCGACUUCGAGGCGAUCCUCACGAUUUCCGUACGCGACGCAGCUCAAAAAACCCCAGAAGAGCGAACAUGGGAACCCAACGGAGGGAGUGCAGUACAGUUUGCUUGUCGUUUGAAUGGCGCUCAUCAUCUGAUGUUGGGAGAACACUGUUAAGGCUUACCCCAAAAGUCCAUUUUCUGAAUCUGAAGCAUCCUGUCUGAAGAGGCUUCUCAAGAUGGACUAGGAUGAGCAGGAUGCUUCUCAAGAUGGACUAGGAUGCGCUCUAACGUUGGCUUCCUGUGCCACGAAAACGAUGCCAAGACAACUAUGCUGGGCAAAGUUCUUGUUGGGAAGAUCGACUAGUAGUAGUACCUCAUCAAGGCCAAGAUCAAGAAGAAGCUGUGGUUGGUAACACCAAACAGUCAUGGUUAGUAGUCGAAGUCAAUCCGAAAGUAUCUGAGUUUCACAAGUCUUCACGUCGAACGAGGAAUUGAUUCUUUCUUUGCAUUUUUGGUACCAGAGGUCAAAGCGACAGUAGUGUGUGUGCUUUUCAGGUUGAACUAAAAUCCCUUUCAUCAUAGAUCAUGCGCAUCAACGACAUUUCCUAUGAUUGGUUGUCUUACAUUCUUCAAGUCUGACCACAUGCAAUUUCGUAAAAUUUAUUUGUUCGUCAAUAACUACUGUUCCUAUGAUGUAUUGUAUUCACAGCUAAUGCCUAUGCCCAAGCCCACCUGGCUCGUGGUUAGCCGCGUCAGUUACCCGCUUGAUUUUUAUGCAUCCAUCUAAGUCCUAGUGCAUUUGGUUCUUCUUGAUGUUCUUCUUUUUAUGAAUCUACUUUCACAUUGCAUGAUCCAACAUCUUGGUUAUAAUUGUUUCAGAUGUUUUUCGUAAACAUACACUACAUCUACAUCUUCCACAACUAGAACUAUGCGACAACAGUUUUUUCCUUCCCUGUACACUGGCAUCUACUCCUGGAACUUGCUUGCACCACGACCACGCUCAAUCAGGAGUUUCAUAGAAGACUACUUUUAACCAGUCGUGACACUCGUUCCAACAUAACCGUGUUGAGACGAGUCCAGCAAUACAAUUAUAGCAGCAUUAGUGCAAUUCUGAUGAGCAUUAGCGCAAUGUUGAUGAGAAGAACUUCCUUGUACCCGUUUGAGAACAUAGAGGAAGAUGCGGUCUUCGAUAAAAUGCUAUAAAAUCCUAUUUUUACGCUUGCACCAUUGCGAAUGAUGACCAGACUGCCUGUACCUUAAUAGUAUGUAGAACCAUCACUGAAUCAAGACCCAGUGCUGUAUCACAUGGUGAUACAGAGAAGCAUGUACGACCUGAACCUGAUAAAGCAUGCAGAAAAAUGACGCAACCUGAGGAGACACAAGACAGUGCCAUAAAUUAAUAAAAGCGAGCGGCGUAGAAGGAAUAUGAGAACAAUGUGCGGAAUUUUCACCAGUCAUGAUGUAAUUAGUGAGGAGUACUAUUAACAAGCUCGUCCUACUUGAGAGAAGAGAGACUGCUCAUCAACAAAAAAAGUGUGUUUGUGUUUUGCAAAUUGCAAAAGGGAACGAGAUAAAGAAUGUGCUUCACGUUCACAGAACGAAACUUAUCAACAUAACAAAUUAUACGGAACAUGUCUACCUCCGGAACAGGAGUCCUCCGAGUAGGGCAGUCCGCCGCCAGCUCCUCCACGUCUCCACGCGCACUGUGAAAGAGCGACGCAGCGUCGACGCAGCAGAAUAGAU